UGCCCGGCCGAGCAGCACCGCCUCAGGCCGCCAGCGCGCUGGCGUAGGCGGAGAGCGGUAGCCCGGCAGCCCGGCAGCGGCAGGCUCCUCUCCGGCUCCCCAGCAGCGGCUCGGCCGCCCGGCGCCCCCCGCCAUGAGAAAGUUCUGCCUCUCCACGGUGGGGAUCCUGUCCAUGACCCUGCUCAUCGCCAGCGUCGCCCUGCUGGUGGCCCACGUCCUCCAGAGAGCGGUGGACCUGCACGUGAAAGAGGGAACAGUACUAAAGAAUGGCACAGAAACCUUUGACCUCUGGGAAGACCCUCCUCCACCAGUCUACAUGCAGUUCUACUUUUUUAACGUGACCAAUCCUCUAGAAGUGGUCAGUGGAGAUACCCCUUUUGUGGAAGAAAUAGGGCCGUACACCUACAGAGAGUACAGGCCAAGAGUGAAUGUUCAUAUUUUGGACAAUGGCACCAGAGUCUCUUCUGUGAACCCAAAGACCUAUGUAUUUGAACCAGAGAAGUCUGUUGGAGACCCUGAAGUUGAUCUGAUCAGGACAGUAAAUAUUCCUGCAGUGACUGCAAUGGAAUGGGCCAAAUCGACUUCUCUACGGCUACCUACAGAGAUUCUCCUAAUAUUAUACCAAGAAAACUUGUUUAUGACACACACUGUCCACGAAUUACUGUGGGGCUACAAAGACAAACUUUUGUCAACCCUUCAUGUGCUUCAUCCUGAGAUUGAUUCAGAGUUUGGCUUAUUUAAUAAGAUGAAUGGAACGGAUGACGGUGAAUAUGUUGUUCUCAGUGGGAAAAUGAACUACCUUAACUUCUCGAAGAUCGUGGAGUGGAGAGGAAAAGAGUCACUGAACUGGUGGACCACAGAGUCAUGUAAUAUGAUCAAUGGGACAGAUGGAAGUGCUUUCCACCCAUUGAUAAGCACAGAUGAAACAAUUUAUGUCUUUUCUUCUGAUUUCUGCAGAUCUCUGUAUGUAACUUUUGAUAGCUUUGUGAGUGUGUCUGGAAUCCCUGCCUAUCGGUUUGUGCCCCCUGAAAAGGUGUUUGCCAAUACGUCAGUGAACCCAGACAAUGCAGGAUUCUGUGUGCCAGCAGGAAACUGCCAUGGCUCAGGUGUCCUGAACGUCAGCGUCUGCAAGCAGGGUGUCCCGAUCCUUUUAUCGGCCCCACAUUUUUACCAAGCAGAUGAGAAGUAUAUUAAGGACAUACAGGGCAUGCAUCCCAGAAAGGAGGAUCAUGAAACAUUUCUGGACAUCAAUCCUCUGACGGGGAUAGUUGUACAAGCAGCCAAGAGAAUGCAGAUCAAUGUUCUUGUCAGAAAACUAGAUGGAUUUAUUGAAACAGGCAGCGUCAGAACAUUGGUUUUCCCCGUGGUGCAUGUAAAUGAGAGUGUUCUGAUAGACGAAGCAUCUGCCAAAAAACUGAAGAGCGUUCUGUUUGAAGCCACGGUUGUAACCAGCAUCCCCUUCAUAAUCAUGGCAUUAGGAAUUAUUUUGGGGAUUUGUUUCAUUGUGCUCGUAUGCAGGCCCCCUGGAACAAGGGAAGAGGUUAGAGAAGUGUUAAUAGACCCAGAGUAAGUGCACCCAAACAAAGCUAUGCAGCCAGUUUAAGAUACACGGUAAGAGUUCUGAAGAGGAAAGGGCUCCGCUCAUCAGGACAUCCUAAUCUUCUUUUUUUCCCCUUCCCAUGUGAGCUUGGUGAAUACACUAUGCAAGUUGAUCUAAUACCGAACACUACCCGGCAUUCAGCAUUCUAAAAACCCACCAUGCUAAUUAUAAUUAUUUGUAGUACAGGGAUGGAAAAAACUAAAAUGCUAGUGAAUGAGGAAACUGUUCUUCUCAGCUGCUAAGUAAGUUUUAAAACCAGAUAUUAAAAUGACUUGAGAUCCUGCUUUAUUAACUAGUGUUUAAUAUUCCCAGUGCUGUUGAAAGCCAUAAAAGCUCAGAACCACUAUAUCAGUGAGAGUAUAAUACCCUGAUUCAUGUAUUAGAAUUACGUGGGGUAAACUUUGUAAAUGGACCUUAGUAAUGUGGGCUCCUAAGUCCCUUUUGAAAAUGGAACUUAAGCAUCUUUGAAAAUAUUGCCCUAGGUUUAAUUUUGUCUUUUGUGUAGAGUACACUUGACUUCUUAUUAACAGAGUGUGAAUGGAUUGUUUUAGUAGUUACACAUCAUGCCUUUCACCUCCAAAAUUGUUUUGUGAAUCUAAGCCAAAAUGGUAAAUGAGGCCUAUUUAAUCAUACCUAGUUUUCAGUUAAGAAGCCAAGUACUUGAUAGCACAUUUUCGUACAGCACCUUGAUCUGUCCCAGUAUUGCUUGAAAUCCCAUUGUGUGGUAUUAAUAAAAUGCCCUGGAAAGUUUUUAAUUAAUUGUUUUUUACACUGGAAAACAAAGGGUUGGUUAGCUGAGGGUACAAUAGAGCGUUCUCCUUUUUUCCCGUGUCAGUGUCUCACCAAUAUCUAUUCUGUGGAGAACUGUACAGGCAGAUGUUGCAAGGGUAUUUGUAAUUGCAUUCAACAUUUAGGAAACCUACAGACCUUCUGUGUUGAGGUAUGUUUGGAACAUAAAGGAAAGCAGCAUAAACGUUUUUUAAAAAUACUGGUAGCUUAAAAUAUCAUAAGGGUACCUUUUUUCUCUCCGUGAGGAAGAGCAUUCUCACAAAUAUAUUUCCAUCAAAUAAAGUCAGUGAAAAAUUGAGACCUACUUUUCUGACUGGCUGAACACUCAUGCGUAGGAUAUGUAUCAGAGGGGUAGCCGUGUUAGUCUGGAUCUGCAAAAAGCAAGAGAGAGUCCUGUGGCACCUUUAAGAUGCGUUCGAUGAAGUGGGCAUUCACCCACGAAAGCUUAUGCUCCAAUACAUCUGUUAGUCUUAAAGGUGCCACAGGACUCUCUGUUGCUUUCCACAUGCGUAGGAUGUUAGCCUAUCAAUUGUUCAGCAAUCCAGACCAUUUUGGGCUGGCCCAGUCAGAAAAGCUCAUUAUUAUCACUAUUAUUUAUUAUCUGUAUUACUGUAGCACCGAGGAGCCCAAGUCCUGGACCAGAGCCCAACUGUGCUGUGGUCUAUAGAUUUGUACCAAUCACAGAAGGCUAGAGAAACUGGCAUUGCACCAGGCUGACUUCUUCAGCCAACUGGCUCCUCUCCUAUGCAAGCCAAAACCAACCAAAUAAUAAUCAUCCAAAUUCAGGCAUCUGCCGCGCUGCCUGGCUGAGGAUAAGGGCUCCUGUACAUAAUGGAGCUCCCAACCCAUCGUGAUCUGCAAGUGUGUUCCCAAUGAGUGAGAGACUCAGGCUAGCCAACUACAGCCAUUCAUCUCAAGGGAUUUGCUUGGCAGUAAUGUCUCCAUUUAACCUCAUGAGAGGAAACUGUCCAGCCCUCAUCUGCCCAGUGAUUGGCCAGGAUGAAAAUAAUGCCAUGUGAAAACCCUUGUGGGUGAGGGGGUUUGGAACUCUGCCCUACCUUUACUCCAAAUGUUCUGCGGGAGGGGAGAAUCUUCCUUUGCCACUUGUGUAGAUUCCAGUUGCAGAUACCCUCCUCCCCAUCACCCCAGUCUUUGAGUCCCAGGACCCCUUUCUUUCUUUCCUUGGCUGACCUCUGGAAUAAACCUGCCAGCUAAGGAGAACCCAAUAGCUUUGGCCCAGGGUCCCUUUUAAAUUCUUCCUUGUAUUCGGAAAGGGGCAGCUACAGACUUCCCAGUGCUGCUGGUAAAAGGCUACAUCCCCCUCAGAUGAAGGGCCAGCCUUCCUUAGCUGGGGAAACUGAGUCAUUAGCUGCAGAGCCUGUGUUCUGGGAAUGGGCCAUUUGCCUUUUGCAGUACGUUAUGCUAAAUCAGGAACUCUAGAUCACCUUUCUGUCUCAGUCUUUAUGUUGUACAGGUCAGAUCAUUGUACGAUCCACAUUGAAAUAUAGCACCGUGUGGAAAAGCUAUCUGUGCACAACAACGGUAACCUACAAAUCAUCUACAAAGCCUCGGGUAUUUUCUGAGGAAGUCAUUUUGAAAGCAUUAUUCCUGAUAAAACGACAAGGCCUCAGGGUGAAAUUCAUCCUAGCGCAGAGGACCAGCAGAGGGACUACGCACUGCUGCAAAAUACCAGUCCUCAUGCCACUGUCCAGACCAAGUAGUCGUGGACUCGGCUGAGAUGUCAGGAACAGGUUUUGUCCCAAGGACUCAACUGCUGUGCAGGAUCCCCUGCCCUGGGGUGAAUUUAACCCCAACAUAUCCAUUUUAAAAUGUUACAUUCUGGUUAUUGGGUCAGAUCCUCAGCUGAUGUAAAUCCAUGGAGCGCUGUCAAAGUCAGUGAUGCUGUGCCAAUUUACAUCUCUUCAGGGUCUGGCUCAUUAUUCCUUUCCAUUUAUUGAUUAAUUAGCCGAACUCUUCAAAUGUCUGAAUGACUGUGUCUAGAGGUUUGUGUAUAUGCUACAGCAGGUUAAGCUGCUUCUUGGUUUUGUUACUUCAUUGCUCCAAUGUUUCCAUUCUCUACCUUGCUCUGAAGAAUUUCCCCCCCAAGGAACAUCUGUUUCUUAAAUCUCCACUAGACCAUAGGGAAGAGGUCUUAUCUGUCUAAAAUACAGGAAAGGUGGUUAUUUUAAUAAAAGUUUCCAUUUUAUUUUUUGCAUGCUCCUGCUGUUACGUCCAUUCCUGUACAGCUGUCCGGUUUCGCUGCGCCUUCUAAUUUUCAAUGUGUAGUUGGAAAUCUGUUAAAUGCCAUGCAAAGUGACUGUCAUCAGGUUUUAAAACACGUGCAUGUCCGUUAGAGGUGAGCACUGUGGGCAAAAUGCCAACAAAAUCACAUUCAGUUGUACUUUAUAGACGCAGGCUUUUUUAGUCCAUGGAACAUCUAAUUCUUUCUGGAACUUCUCAGCAACUAACUCGCAUGUAAAAAAUAUAGUACGUUCUGUAUUACAAGCGGGGUGUGCCAAAGCGCUCAGCAGUGGCCUGACGCUGCUCCCGCUGAAGUCAGUGGGAGUUUGCCAGUGUUGUCAAUGGGAGCAGGCAUAGGCCAUCAACAAACACAUUUUAAAAUCCCAUGUGUUACAGAUACAAAUAGACGCAUAGAUAUUAAGCAGUUUGGAGAAGGGUGUGUGCAUUUCUAUGUAAGGCAAGAGCAAAAAUGACUACAGAGUUAAAAGCUAAAACCCAUUGAAGCAGGAUGCAUGAUACAAUUUUAGAGAGUGUUUUAUUUCCUUUUAGUUUUGUGAAAACGGUACAUUGCAGUUUGGUGCCUCUUAAUGGAGCAUUCCACCCCCUCUCUCAAUCCAGCACAUACAAAAAGUCAAAUAUACCUGUGGGAGAGCCAUUUUAUUGGAUGCCAGACCUUCCAGCUGUGUUUUAUAAAGGGUCAGUAUAUUUGAUAUGCAGGGACAGUUAUCCUUGACAGGCCUUUACACUGUUUCUUUGUAAACUGUCCCCUGGGUACCUUAAAAAUCCAGAAUCCCAUUUGUUCAUCUUUCUCAGCUGUUAACGUGUAAAGAAACACUACAAAGAAUAUCAUUCUCUGGAUGCACACAUGCAACUCACAAUAGAAGCUAAUUAACACUGAAAGGCAGCACAGUCUAGUGAUUAGAGCGCAAGGCUGGUUGUCAAGAGACCAGAGUUGUAAUCUGUAGGGUUAGGGGAUGAAUUAAUAUUAGUAAAGUGCCAUGGGCUUGAUCCUUCAAAGGACAGCUUACUUCACUGUGAGUCAAACACUCAGUACCUUGCAGGAGUGCUAAGAUCACUGUAUGAUAGUUCCUUAUAUACCUAUUAUUAAUAACAAUUACUUGUGCCUGCAUCCAGGGAAGAUGAUCCAUCUAUAAUCCUUUUGUUCAGCUGUUCUGUAAAGCAUUGUUUGUUUCACACAGUGGAAGUGAUUCCAGGCAGUGUUAGAUACUUUUUUAAUUAUUGAAGACUCACGGGAGAUAAUUGUCAAAUGUUAUUUGUUGAUGGAUUUCGUAUUUGUUUUCCUGAGGCUGACUGUUGAAGAGGAGAUACUCAUAGCAAUGAUCAGUAUGUUUGCACACUUGAUUCACUUUCUGUGACUCUUGCAAUUUUUGUUUCCACUAUUAAUGCAGAUCAAGUGUUGCAUUAAUAAAAGUUAAUGUUUCUAUAAAAA